UUUCGACAAAAAAGCUAUUGUCUGUUACUUUAAAACCAAGUUUGUACGCUCCUACUGCUAAGCUAACUUCGGUCGUUAGCUUCACCUUUAGUUAAUAACAUUGUUUUAAACCGGAGUGUUUUAAAGGAUAAUGAAAGACGUCGGGGUCGUACUUUAUCUGCUGGAAGUUAAAGCCUGCUAGGCAGAUAGUCAUCUUUUUGUGAGCUGUCGGCCUUCAGAGCUUGGGGAAAACGUUAGCUAAAUUUGGCUGCGUUUAGCGUUAGCUGGCUUAUGGCUAACUGCUAGCUGCUGCCGGCAAAUGCGUCUUCACGUACCUAAGUAUGUUGAUGUGUUCCUGCGAAAAAGUGGAUUUUAACAUUACUUCGCGCACCGUCGCUCGGCUUGUUUUCGAGGCCGAGCAAGACAACAGCAACGGAGUGAUUUCAUCCAAUGGGAGUACGGCCAGUAACUCUCCACGCAGCACCCCCGGCAGCUCUCCCUCGCUGCGGCGCAGGGUCCUCGGGGGAAGCAGCAGGGCCAGUGAGAGCGAGGGAGGAGGAGAGAAGAGCGGCGGUGGGGGGGGAGGCGGGGGAGGCUCCGACAGCCCCCUGCCCUCCAUACCUUCUGCCUCCUCCCUCACAUCCGCCUACCCACUUGCUUCUCGACACUUCAGCCGCAAUGCCAAGAAAAUGCAGAGCUGGUACAAUGUUCUCAGUCCUACAUACAAACAGCGGAACGAAGAUUUUCGUAAACUCUUUAAAAAACUUCCUGACACAGAGCGACUUAUAGUGGACUACUCGUGCGCUCUGCAGAAGGACAUACUGCUUCAGGGCCGCCUUUAUCUGUCGGAGAAUUGGCUUUGUUUCUACAGUAACAUCUUCCGCUGGGAAACCACUAUCACUAUCCUGCUGAAAGACGUGACCUCUAUGACAAAGGAGAAGACUGCCAAGCUCAUCCCAAACGCCAUCCAGAUCAGCACUGACAAUGAGAAGCACUUCUUCACAUCUUUCGGAGCAAGGGAUCGCAGCUUCAUGAUGAUUUUCCGUCUGUGGCAGAACGCACUGCUGGACAAGUCUCUAUCUCCCAAAGAGCUGUGGCACAUCGUACACCAGUGUUACGGCACUGAGCUAGGCCUCACGAGUGAAGACGACGACUAUGUCUCCCCCACCGCCGAGCACAUGAACGGCCUACUGCCAGGAGACGAGUCAGUGUCAGUUACAGAUCUACUCGACCUGAGCUCAGUGUCGCUUCCCUCUACGGGCAGCUCUCCCCUUCCCCUGCCCUGCGGUCCAGCCAGCCCUCUCGCAGCUACAAACCUCGGGGGCUCGUCUCCCUCCCCCUGCCCCUCCCCCUCCCCCUCCCCCUCCCCCUCCGCCUCCUGUCUGCCCAUAGAGGUGCCUUCUUCCUCUGGACGCAGGCUCAGCUCUGACCCCCUCGAUCAGAGCCCGCCCAGCUCCCAAAGCUCGCUGCCGUCCACCACUCCCACAAACGCCUCGGCCUCCGCACCCGCCUCUGCUGCUGCCUCCUUUAGUCUGGAAGAGGGUGGGGACAGCUGGUCAGAGUCAACCAAUCACAUGCUGCCCCCGCCAACCUCCAGUCUGGGAAACCUCUCCUCAUUGGACAUCACCAUCGAUGAAGAACUGCCCACAGACCCCAGCAACUCCUCUGACACGCAAGAAGAGAGUGAGGUGGAGUCGUUCUGCGCUAAUCUGUGCGGGCGAUUGCACAUCAACGCCCCGGUCCGCAUGAGUGUGGACAAGCUGCACGACCUGCUCUUCUCCGCGGACACACACUUCAUCCGGCACCUUUUCUCCCAGCGACACUUUACUGACCUCUCUGUGGGUGAAUGGCAGCCGGACAUCAGCAGUGGGACGACGAGCCGUGUGCUGAGCUACACCAUCGCCCUCAACAACCCCCUCGGCCCCAAGACGGCCCCCGUGGUGGAGACGCAGACAUUGCAUAAAAACAGCGCGCGGGGUGAGUGCUUCGUGGUGGACUCGGAGGUCAUCACCUCAGGGAUCCCCUACCAGGACUACUUCUACACCGUCCACAGAUACUGCCUCACCUCCAUGAACAAAAACAAGAGUCGCCUCAGAGUUUCCUCAGACAUCUGCUACAGGAAGCAGCCGUGGAGCCUGGUGAAAGCAUUGAUAGAGAAGAACACCUGGAGCGGCAUAGAGGAGUACUACAGACACGUGGAGAGUGAAGUGAUCAAACUCGAGACGCUAAUGCAAACAGAGGUUACCGUGGUUACCACAGGCGAAGCAGUGGGUGCGGAUGCUGCCAAGACUCCCCCGUCUCAGCGCCGCCGCAAACGCACAUGCUCUCGACGGCAGGGCGACAAGGACCGGGAGAGGGAAGGAGGAGGCAUGGGCGGAGGAGACCGAGGGGACCGAGGAGUCGGGGAGGACCGGGACCGGAGAGAAGCCAGUGGUCAGUUUAUAAAACUAGGAGAGCGCUCGCGUGGUGGAGGACCCAACAGUAUAUCAACCAUCCUCCUCAUCGUGAGCUUCAUUCUGGUGGUGCUGGUUGCUCUCAACAUGCUGCUCUUCUACAAACUGUACGCUCUGGAAAGAGCGGCCCAUACACUGGAGACAUGGCACUCCUACUCUGUUGCUGACAGUCCUUUGCCUCAGACAGCUGAGGAGUGGGCUCAGGUUUUGCAGCUUCAGAGGCAGUUCCACCAGGCUCAGCUCAGCAAGUGGCAGCAGAUCCUGCAGUCCUCUGUCACGCUUCUUGACCAGAUGAAGCAUUCUUUAGAAAAGCUCCACCAUGGCAUUGUGGUCCCAGAGGUGCAGCAGGAUGAAACCAUCACAGAGCCAAUGACUGAGGCCUGAGCCCCCCCCCCCCCAAUCUCUGAACACGCCCUGGGGGGGUAGACUUUUAAAAAAGAGUGCCGCUGGUCGACUUUGAUCAGCACAGUUUGCUAUUUUUCACAUUUCCAAAUCAAAUACCAGAAGAGGGAGACGGAGGGGACUACAUUACCCACAACUCUCCUCGCCUGACUGACUUGAAAUGGCGACGUUCGCCUUCAGCCUCAACCAGUAACAUCUUCAGUGAACUCUUUCUGACUGGGCGCUUUCAGGACCACAGCAAUAACUCACCUACAGCUGCAAGUCACCUGUACGUAGGGUUUGGAAACGGGCCACUGGUGGGCCCAUUCCAAACCAUCCACGACUCAACUAUCUCAGAGACAUUUCAAAAUGGCUAACCGCGCUUCAGAAAAACUUUAAUUCAGACCUCCUUAAUUUUCAGAACCUCAAAAUGUUCAUGACUUCAAAAGACUUCAGUUGGACAUGCAGCAUUUCACAGGGAACAAUGACUCUGGAAAGCGGGAGCUCGUCCUCCUGGUCCUGGGAACAGUUAGUCUCUUUAGUGAACACCUGCUGAAAACAAGAUGGAGGAUGGGACACCCAGAAAGAGACGGGAGCAGGACGCCUCUCUAGGUCUUUCCUUCACAGAUUUCUUCCUCCAUAUCCGGGUUGAACAUAUCCGCUGUUCCUCUCAAAGGGGAUGAGGAACAUUUCAACACCAGACACUUUAGUUUUCACCUUUUUUUAGAUGUGAAUUACACACCUGAAGUUUAAUCUCAAACACCAUCCCACUCCUCCCUGUCUUUUUUCAGGGUUUUAACUUUUUUCAGAUUCAGUGUGUUGGGUCGUUUGUUUGGACAGGAAGCUGCGUCUCACUGGACUGUUACAGUAUUUAUUAUUACCGAUGACUUGAUCUGAAAUCCUGUCCUGCUCUUAAGAAGUCAUAUGGUGGGUAUUUUGUGUUGCUCUGAUAUGCUGUUGCAGUGCGGACCAAGAGACACGAGAAUGAUUACUGGUCACAGCAAUAAUGACAAUAGUGAUGCUAGUACUUUUUGAAUGUUUCAAACAAAGUAGUAUAUAAUAAUAAUAAUAAUAAUAAUAAUGAUGAAUGUGUGUAGAGGCAGUGAAAAAAACAAGCAAAGAAGAAGACUUGACGGAUGUGUGCGUUUGUGUUCAUGAGGAGUCCUCAAUGUUUCAGAUGUUACAUUUUCAUAUUAGCGUUUAUUUGAGUUUUUCUUUUUUGACAUUUCUCCGUCAUGUUUGGUUGCUCACUCUUUGUAUGACAGAGCCAGAGCCUAAAAGCUCAGGAUUCACCGUAGACUUGAUCAAAAAACCAGAACAGUCCGUUACUCUGUUGUCCCACUGGGCCGGACGUCUCCAAACAAGAGGACCAACCAGAAUCUAGUAGGCCCGGGUGAAGAAAAAGGGAAUCUGUUUUGCAGUAUUGUUUUUGUGUGUUUGUAAAUUUAACUUGACUGACUUGUCUCCUCUUUUUAUUCAGUUCAUUUUCUAUCUUUAUAAUUUCGUCGUUUAUUUUCAGCCUGUUGUUUCAUCCCACUCCGAUCUGUCCUCAGCCCGUGUAAAAACAUCACACUCUUUUGUUGAUUUCUUCUUCUUCUCAUCACUCACCCCCACACUUCCUCUCUUUCCUCUAUGUGCUCUUCCCCUUCACCCCCCCCCCCUCUCUCUCUCUCUCCGUUUCACUGACGGCAACAGAAGCAUGUGGGCCACGCUGUGCAUGGCCAUCCGCUGAUAGCAAAAUGGUGUAAUAUUUAUUGAGGGGAGUGGGGGGGGGGCAGGGUUUGGGGAGGAUUAAGGGAGAGAGAGACGGAUGAGUAGCGGGGUUGAUAAUGUACUGUAAAGAUGUGAUUGUACACGGCGCCAUGGAGAGAAAUGAAAAGUUCUAAAACAUACAACAACUGCUCGCCUAUCUCUGAGUCUGUGUCUGUCUUUACCUUCUCAAUGUUUGCACUGGAUUGUGAGGGAACUGUUAUUUUUCCUAUAGAUUAUUGUGGCUGUUAUUUGGUUUAAAAUGGGUUUUGUAUAGGGAAAAAAAAGUCCAUAAUCACAAAAUCCCAAAGCCUAAAUUGUCAGAUUUAAAUGUCGUCUUUUGUCCAACCACGUUUCCAAAAUCCUAAAAGUUCAGUUUAUAUUAUAAAAGACAACGAAAAGGCAAAUAUUUCAAUUUGAGAAGCUGGAGCCAGCAAUAUGUUUCACCUAACUAGUGAACAAUGCUAUUACCUGCUGUUGUUUAUUUAUGAAUAUAAGCAUGUCAUGAAUAAAUUAGGCUAAAUGUCCUGACGCAAACACAGCUACCAUUUAUCUACCAUGAAAAGAAAGACUCAACUGAUUUUCUCCCUUUUUAUUUAUUUGCCGUGCAUCACUUUUCUUUUCCUUUUAUUGUGGCAAGCAACAUUUCCACACCUACACAUAAAGUACAAACUGCAGUUUUAUUUG